CAAACACGCACAACAGACGUUUGUCGUGGCUGGUUGCACACAAUGCACACACACACACACACGCUGCAUUCGCUGCGACGAAAUGCAUUCGCUGCGACGGAAAGGAAAGGAUGGAUGGGGAGGUGCGUGGUGGUGGUGGUUGGUGGUGGUUUGGUCACACUCAGCCACAACAGCCACAACAACAGCAGCAGCAACAACAACAGCAGCAGCAGGGAGCAGCUGGGGGAUAUUGAUGAUGAUGACAGAUGACAAUGACACAUGCAAUCCAUCAAGCAGACGAGCAAGCAGGCAAGCGAGCACGCAAGCCAAGGGACGUGUAUUCAUUCACUCCGCUUGGACGAGCGACACGUCCACCACGUGGCUGACGAUGAGGAUGAUGAUGGUGGCUUGAAUAACAGUAUCGUGUCCUUGAGCGGGUGCCAUCACCAGCAGGCCGCUGACAUUGUCAUCACCGCUGUCAGACGGCGGUCGGUGCAAUACACGGGCAUGGAGACAGUGAGCCAGCCCGUGGUCUCCAGCGUGGUGGCUGGAAUCGCCCCAAAUGUGCUGAUGCAGGGCUGCACUGGCACGUCGUGCACGACAGCUUCUCAUCCCACCGACAGCCACGGGCAUUGCACCUUUGCUGUGAUUGAGUGCUGCCAGCACGUGGCCCCACCUCAACCUGCCACAUCAUCAUCACCAUCCCCGACACUGCCAUCUUCAACCACAACUGCUGCUGUGUUCCGCCACCUCAUCUUCUGCCAGCGAGGCAUCACACCGCGGCCACAGCCGUCACUGCACGCUGCCGGUUUCAAGCAGCUCGCUGCGCUGGAUGCUGUUGGCUCGUGGACCACCACACCCGGCAGCAAGGAGGUGGCCACCGUGUUUCUGGUUCGCAUGCAUGUGCUGGCCAACGUGGCGCAGGAGCGGUUCUUGGACUACGACAAUGACUCUGUGCCGUUUAUGAAGAACAUUCUCCACCACGCAAACGACAGGCAAUACCGCAUGCUGCGCGGCCUGAUGGGCGUGUCUGUUUGCAAGGACAUGUUUGCGCCGGAUGCACACGACUUCAUGCGCAUUAUGCAAGCCAGUGCCGCCCAGAUUGAGGAGGAUGAUCCACAACCCACAUACAUCCACACAAGCGCGACCGAGAACUGCAUCUCCGUCUUUGUCAAGAUUGCACGCAACCCAGCACACGGCCUCUCAAAGAUGCUGACGCAUCUGCUUGACUGGCUGCCCAUUACAGAAGACGACGAUGAAACAAAGUACAUCUUCACAUACCUCGUCGAGCUCCUCCAAGCGCGAGAUCCACGCGUGACCGCGCCUGAGAGCCCGGUGAAGAUUGUGCGGGCGUUUGUUUGUGCAGGUGUUGGCACCCCCGCGGCCGCCAACAUGCAGGAUUCGCCUGCCCACGGUGUGUUGGGGCAGUUGACGCAGGACCCCGGAGGUGCACGCCGCGUGCAGCGCGCUGUUGAGGCACUUAGCUCGUCCGCAUAGUCGCCAUGUUGUGAUGUGUCGUGUCAACUUGUGCACCAGUUGAACGAAUGGCUGAAUGUCUGUCGGUUCCUCUGUCGCAUUCCUCUUGUUUCCGUUUCUUGCUCUCUUCCCUCUUCUUCUCUUCUCUUCUUCUGUUCUGUUCUUCCCUUCCUUCACUCUCCCUCUCGCCUGCCUGCUUGCUUGCUUGCUUAUGUCACGCCCUUCUUGUGCUUGCCUGUUCUUUUCAUUGUAUGGCGCUGUGUACGGCUGAACACGUUCUUGGUGUGUUUGGUGGAUGUGUGCUGCUGCUGCUGCUGUGUGUGGUUUGAUUUUGGCUUGUAACUGGAGGGUGUUGUUUGAUGUGCAGAGGGGUUGGCUGUUGUUUGGUUGGCUUGGCUUCCUGUUGCGUAUGGGCACUGCUGUGUGUGUGGAUGUGUGUUGAGGUGUUGAGAGCGUUGUUUGUGGGUUGUGUGGCGGACCUGUUCUUUCCUCAGUAAAUGGCUCGA